ACUUCUUUUCAAUCGAUUUGUUGUCACAGCUGUCGACCAUCCUUACAAUGGGUACCAAAGUCGGUACAAUAGGUAUAAAAGCAUAGCAAUCAUCUCGAGAUCAUCAUCCAAUCCCAUCCGUUCAAGGCAAUACCAGCUAUGAGGACGACCACUCUACUUUUGAGCCUUGGCCUUCUGGUCCUGUGCUUUUCCAGGUACAGUUUGGCCGAGGAUGACCCCACCGAUGGAAGCACCACCCCAACUGACGGGAGCACCACGCCCACUGAUGGAAGCACCACCCCAACUGACGGGAGCACCACGCCCACUGAUGGCAGCACCACGCCCACUGAUGGAAGCACCACGCCCACUGAUGGAAGCACGACGCCCACUGACGGAAGCACCACGCCCACUGAUGGAAGCACCUCUCCAUCGACCUCUCCUUCAACAGGCGAUAACACUAGUCCUUCAGCAGGAUCGCCAGACAGCACGCCCGCGUCCGAAAGUGGCAGCAGCAACAGCAGCGGCAACAACAACCGGAACAACCGUCGGAGGCGCCGCCAGCGGGCUCAGCGCGCUCGACGCCGCCGGGCUCAGCAGGCUCGACGCAGGAGGAACCGUCGCAACAACAGGAAUAACAGGGUUGGCUAAGCAUAACCAACGGUUUCUAAUUUUGUGCCUUCAAAAUAAAUGUUUGAUUUGAAAGAA